AUGAUACAGAAACGAGUUUGUGAUUGUUCAAUGUGGAUUUUGGGAAAUCAAUCAAAGCGAAGAUUGUUGCAGAAACCCUUCCUAGCUGCCUCUUCUGAGGUCGCUUCCUCCGAGAAGGUCAGCCGGCCUUCUGGUAAAGCUUCUUCUCGAGCUUCCAAGCCGAGCUCUCACAGCACUAAAUCAGCUCAGCCAUCUAGCCAUGGUGGGUUGAGCUCAAAGUCUACUGAACAAGUGGGACAGGGUGCUGCCCAUUCUACUGAGGAGGUGUCAAGGGGAAAGUUUAAGUCCCCUGCUGAAGACAAGGAGACCUCUGGGACGGGGAUGGAGAUCAUCCUCCUAGGGGAUCAAAGUCCAGAGGUUUCUGGUGAAAGUGCCCCUGCCCCUGUGAGGACUGAACCUGAGGGUUCUGAGGGCAUUCCAGCAAAGAUCGGAGGGAAAGGUGUUGCUGCUGACCCGUCAUUGCCUUCUCCUGGCAAUUCUCUAAAGACGUCGGGUAUUACAUCCGAGUCUCCGGCCAGUGCUGUUGCCGACCUUCUUAGGGAGCAAAUGUUUGGUGGAGCCACAGAGGCCUCGGAUCCACGCCUUCUUGCUCUGACCGGCCUUUUAGCCAGCUUUACCAAGGAGCAAGUGACGGGCCUCUUUAUGGAGGUGGAUGUCCGUGAUCGCUCCCUCCGAGAGUCCGUAGAUCGCCGAAUUGAAGAGGCACGUCUGGAGGAGAAUAUAUCUGCCACCAGUGAUGCGAGGGGCAAUUUGGUAGCUGCUCGGGAGCAAAUCCAGUCCCUCCAGGUGGAAUUGCAUUCUGCGUUGGAGGCCCUCAGAAAGGCUGAAGAGAAAACAGCCGAGACAGCAAAGCAUACCUCGUCCUUAGAAGAUGAGUUGUCUCGGACUCGCAAUGUUCUCCAGGAGGCUGAUGAGAGGGCAGCUACCUUGGAGGUUCGCUGUAGAGGAGUGCUAGAGCAGCUGUCCUCUAUGACAGAGGCUCUCAAGGAGAGAGAUGAGGCCGUUAGCCAGAAAGCUGAAGUCCAGCGCCAAUUUGAUGCCUUAAAGGCUGAUCUCGAAGGACUUCAGACUCAUCUGGAGGAAGUAAAGGCUCAGAGAGAGACGGCUUUAGCUCGGGUGCAGGUCCUUGAGCAAGAGUUGAGCACAAGCUCUGACCAUGUUGCCCCUGCCAUUGAGAGCUCUGGUCCAAAGGACACCGAGCUUCCUUCAGGGGUGGCUGUAAAUAGAAAUAGUGAGGGUGUUCUUAUAGAUACUUCAUAUGUUUAUUCAGAAGCUCUAAAUUAA